AUGAAUCCUGAAGAAACCACAGCCAAUCCCAGCAUUUGGCCUCUUCAACAGUCCUGUCAGGAAAUUAGAAACAGUACCAGCAUCUCUGACUUCCUGCUCCUGGGCUUCUCUCAGCACCCAGAGCAGCAGCCUCUCCUGUUUGGGCUCUUCCUGGCCGUGUACCUGGUCACCGUCCUGGGGAACCUGCUCAUCAUCCUGGCCAUCAGCUCUGAUCCCCACCUACACACCCCCAUGUACUUCUUCCUGGCCAACCUGUCCUUCACCGACACCUGCUUCUCCUGCGCUAUCAUCCCCAAGGUGCUGCUCGACAUCCACACACAGCACUACACCAUCUCCCACACUGGGUGCCUCAUGCAGAUGUUCUUCUUCAUGGAAUUGGCCCUGCUGGAUGACUUCCUGCUGGCUGUGAUGGCCUAUGACCGCUAUGUGGCCAUCUGCCUUCCCCUCCACUACACCACCAUCAUGGGGCCCCAGCGCUGCCUGCUGCUGGUCACCGCAUCCUGGCUCAGCUCCUACCUCCUGGCCUUCUGCCUCUGCCUCCUCAUGUCUCAGUUCUCCUUCUGUGCCUCCCAUGCCAUCCCACACUUCUUCUGUGACCUUCUCCCUCUCCUCAAACUUGCCUGCUCAGACACUCGCAUCUUUCAGCUCAUGAUGUUUGCAGAGGCAGCCCUCUCAGGAGUGGUCCCUCUCACCUGUGUCCUGGUCUCUUAUGCCCACAUCAUCCACACCAUCCUCAGGAUCCCCUCUGCUGGGGGGAAGCACAAAGUCUUCUCUACCUGCGGCUCUCACCUGACAGUGGUCACUCUCUUCUAUGGAACUGUCUUUCUAGUGUAUUUCCAGCCCUCAUCCUCCUACUCAGCAGACACUGGAGUAGUGGCAUCUGUGGUGUACACAAUGGUCACCCCCAUGUUGAACCCUUUUAUCUACAGCCUGAGGAACAGCGACAUGAAGGGAGCUUUGUGGAGACUCCUUGUCCACAAAUAAACCUUCACAUUUAUGGGCAAUUUAUUAUUAAUAAGGCUGCAAUUCAGGACAAUUCAGUGGGGAAAAAACAUUGUUUUCAACAAGCAGUGCUGGGUCAACUAG